AUGCAUCUCGGAUCUCAAAUUACCUGGCUCUUGGUCACAGGGGGUGCUCUGACCUGUGCCCAGAGCAGUUCUUCCUCUGCGAGCAGCUCUUCCACCAGCUGUGCUCUUACAUCUGGCGAUACUCAGGUUCUUCAGUACACCUGGGCGCUUUCGAAGUUCCUCAACAACUUCUACUCAUCUGUUGCACUCAAUUCAAGCGUUGCCUCCCAGGUUUCGAACAGUACCAGUGCUUCAAAGGUAUUGGCAAACCUGCAAGGCAUCGAGCACGCCGAUAACUUGACGGUCGAGGCCGUGAGAGAGCUCAGCUCCAAGGCUCCCAACUUCAAAGAGCCAUCAUGCUCAUACACCUACCCCUCGAUCAGCAACAUUCAUUCAUUCGUUCAAUAUGCGUACCAGUUUGAGUCUACCCUCUGUGGCGCUUUCAUCGGCGCAGCUGGCUACACCAAAUCGCCCGAGGUCUCUUUCCUUCUGGCUCGCCUUGCCGCUGAGCACAGUUCUCACGCCAUCUAUAUCAGUAGUCGUCUGAACUCUUCGAUGUUCAUGGCCAACUCUAGCUCGCUGAUCCCCGCCUACGCUCCCACGCAAGUUCUCAUGACUGGCAACGUGACUGGCAGUUUGGGUUCCUACUUGGGUGGUUGCGUCUCUGCGCCCUCCAACCCGUGCGGCGCUCUCAAGAUCGGUCCUCUGGAGGCCAACAUUACCUCCAGUGUUGUGGCCGGUAGCUCUUCCACUCCUUUGGGUGGCUCUUCCUCUUCGUCUAUGAGCAGCAGUGCGUCCGCAUCCGGUUCCGCUUCGGCCCGCCUGCAUUAA